CCCGCCGGACAAGUACGGACCGGGAUGCCCGUGAGUCUGUUACUGCAUGAAUGACGGCAGCUGUGACUCCGAGGAUGGUGCGUGUGCUUGCAGCGACCCCUGGGUGGGAGAGGAUUGCACCGAACGCAUCGCCAGCGUGCUGAUGUUUGCGAGUUUAUCCGUGCACACAGACACAUACGUGCGUCUGCGAUGCGUAGCCGCGGGCAUUCCACUUCCUACCGUCAACAUCCGCGAGGGGGGCUUCAAGCUUGCUUCCAUCUGCAAGAACACCAUGGCCGACACGGUGGAGUGUGAACACGUGUUGCUGCCCUCCGCCACGGCCAACUACACGUGUGAGGCGAGCAAUGCGCACGGCAGCAACAGCGCGCAGGCCACUCUCACCAUCGUAGAUCCUCCCCGCCUGGUGUCGCCUCCAUCAGUGACCGAGAUUCCUAACUCCCCGUCCAGCCUCCAGGUGGCAUGGAAAGCUUGGCAGUAUGGCGUCGACGAGGGAGGGAAGGAAGACGACACCAUCACCUACAAGCUGAGAUACAGACCUCAGGGUGAACGUACGUGGGUGGUUCUGACGACGCCGCGUACCAACCUCACCGUGCAGUUCCUCGCUGCCAACACCGCGUACGAGUUUGCAGUGCAGUGCAUCGGCAUUGAGACAGGCGUAGGACUGCUGUCGCCCAUCGCCAACGCCACCAGCCCGUGCGCUCCGUUGAGAAAGGACACCUCACGAUUGCGCGAAGCGACGAUAGAUCGAGUGACAUCGCACGAUAUAAGCCUCUCCUGGAUCGCCCCGUCAGAGUCUUCCCUGGGGUGUGGCAUCGAGAGCUACGUGUUAGACUACAGAGCCGGUGCGAGCGGUCCCUACACCAAUGUUCUCAUACCAGCGACGCACACCAGCUACACACUGGAGGAACUUGAUCCCGGGGUGACGUACGACAUUAGAUUAUCUCUGAACACGACCGCAGGGGAGACGUCAGACUCCGUACGACUACAAACGACAACGUCGAAUAAUGCGCCCGGCACGGUGCAGAAUCUGGUGACAACUGCUUCUAACUUCUCCGUCGCCGUGACGUGGGACCCUCCCAUCGUGGUGGUCGACAACAUGACGGGCUAUGUGGUCACCUACAUCCUAAAGAACCGCAAGAACUGCGAGACUGUUUCCCGAGGUGCUUCACAGAUGGCGACAGUGUCUAUGGAUCGUACGUACGUGGAGUUGGAAGGGUUGCUGCCUUACUCGGACUAUGAGAUAUCCGCCCAGGUGCAGGCUGCGAGCGGGAAAGGGCCAAAGGUCAAGAAGCGUGUGCGAACACUUGAAGCAGCACCAGAUGGCGCUCCUGAGGUGAUCAUGUUCAGGAACAUUGGUGAGAAGAACAUAGACGUUGGUUGGGAGCCAAUAGAAUGCCUGCGCUCAAACGGCAUGCUCACGCAGUACGAAUACAGCGUGUCCGAUCACCAUGGCAACGUCAAGCAGACAGGCAAGGUGCCCGCGUACGACCGACAGAUUCACCUGAAAUCGCUAACUCCGUACACGGAGUAUGACGUCGCUCUACGUGCGAGAACCGUCGCCGGUGCUGGACUGUACAGCCCGCCGGUGCACUUCAGCACGCUGGAGUCAGAGAUGGGAAGAGUGGGUACCAGUCAGACCUGGUCGUCGUUCGUCUGGUCAUGGAAACAUAAUAUGACGAGCCAUGGACAAAAAGCUCAGCAGGAACCUACGGAAUGGGCGUAUGAAUUGAUUAAUAAGAAAGCCUUCGACAUACCCGAGGCCCCGGCACAGCUGUGGAGCAGACUAGUAUCCGAGCAAUCCUUCACGCUCGUGUGGAGGGAGCCACGUGCCCCGAAUGGCAUCAUCACCGACUACAAAGUGUCAUGGUCGGCUCUGGAGUCGUACGACCCGCUGCUGCAGCUGUACACUGUGUCGCAGCAGACGGCCGACAACAGAUCGCUGAGCAGCGUGGUGACAGGUCUGCACCCGGCGACCAAAUACACGACGCGUGUGUCCGCGCGGACGAGCAAGGGCGAGGGACAGGCCGUGUCCGAGUCAUACUGGACGAAGAUAGCCGUGCCUCCGGCGCCUAAAGCUCCUACGGUGUACGCUCAUCAAGAAUCCACGAAGACCGUGACUAUUGCAAUACCGGCCAUCCAGCUAUCCACCGGUCCGCUCAGUGCUGUGAAGAUUGUUGUGCAGAGCGACGAGAGAAUCACGCGAGGUCAACUCUGCAUCAACCUCACUGACCACCACGAAGCCAUGCUCGCAGACCUGUCAUGCUACGUCACAGGUGAGAUGGAUGAGGAGGCUGUGAAAAGGGAGACCUACUUUGUGAUCGGCGACGAUCGCGUCUACGGCGGCUACCGUAACGUGCCUCUCAUGAACACGGAGAUGUCCAGCGUCUUCCUUCACACGGUCAGCGCCUUCCAGCAGGAGCUUAAGACGUCGCGGUCGGAGGCAAUGCCCUUACCAGGGACGGACGACCCAUCUACUGGUUGGCUGGUGUUUGGCUACCCCUGGUGGUACCUGCUGGUACUAAUUAUCAUUGUCCUGGUCGUUGUGCUGCUCUGUGUACUCAUCAUUGUGUCAGCAAGGAGGAGGAAGGAGCGCUCACGGCCCGAGUACGCAGCACACUGGUCGGUGUCAUACAGAGCCCAGGACGGAGAUGUCGACUCCAUCCCCGAAUCCAUGUUCUGCAACGCGAGGGAUUCCGACUACUCGAACAGCACCAGUGAGUGCACACGUUACUCUCGCGCCCUAUAG